AUGGCGUCCAAGCACAGAAUCAUCAUCGACACGGACCCAGGCGUCGACGAUGUCCUGGCUAUGCUCCUGGCUCUAAGUGCCGCUCCCGAAGAACUCGAUGUGGCCAUGAUCUCGGUCACAUAUGGCAACGUCCCACUGACAAGCACCCUUCAUAAUGUGGUUUCUCUCUUCCACGUUCUCGACAAGGAACUCGAGUGGAGGAAGUCGACUGGAAAGCCCGAAGGCUUUGGAGCAAUGAAGGCGAGCAAGCCCAUUGUUGCAGUUGGGCCUGAGCACCCUCUGUGUGAUGAGGAGCUAAUGGCUGACUACUUCCAUGGCAUCGAUGGGCUACACAAUGUUCACGAGGCCCAUCCGCAACUAAGCCCUGCGGAUACUUGGAAGAGUCUGUUCAAGGAUGGUGACAACUCGGCUAACCCAGACGAUUUUUCUCCCCACUUCACACCAUCCAAGAUUCCGGCUCAUCUGGAGAUCCUUCGCCUUCUUAAGGAAAACCCUGUCGAUACCUUUACCAUCCUGGCUCUGGGCCCAUUGACAAAUGUCGCUCUCGCGGCUGCCGCAGACCCGGAGACAUUCCUCCGAGUGAAGGAACUUGUGGUCAUGGGCGGAGCUGUGCAUUGCGAGGGCAACGCGACUCCUGUCGCCGAAUUUAAUUGCUACGCCGACGCCGUUGCCGCCGCCCGAGUAUAUGCACUCACGUCAUUCAACCCCCAUGCCACUAUGCCGGCGCUUCCCCAGGAGCUCUCGACAUUGCCCCCCUAUCCCGCCAGGCUCUCUCGUCAACUCAAGUUGACGCUCGCCCCUCUCGACAUCACCACUCCCCAUCUCAUCACCAAGAGCUAUUUUGCGGAGAACGUCAAGGCACAUGUUGAUGCUGGCAGCCCCCUUGCCAUCUGGUCCGCACACUUCGUCAAUGGCGCUUUUGGGAAAAUCGAGGACAUUCUCCGAGACGGAGAGGAGCCAGGCCUUUCGUUGCAUGAUCCCCUGACUGUUUGGUACAUGUUGACCCAUGACGAUCCCAAGUGGAAGACACCCGCGAAGCCAGAGGAUAUCCGUGUUGAGACCGCUGGUCAGUGGACUCGCGGCAUGCACGUCAUCGACAACCGUCACAGGGCCAAGCCUGCUGAGGGUGCAGUAGCCUCCACCGAGAAUCCAGAUGAUGACCCCGAAUUCGUGGCUCUGGACCAAGUCCCUGGCGAUGAGAUGGCCUGGUUGAGUGUUCGCAAGGGUAACCGAGUCAACCGACUCAUCGAGUCUCCUGGUGAAGAGAUCUUUAAGGAAGUUCUGAUGCAGAGACUUUUUGGAUGA